AUGGUGGGCUUCCCGGGUUUCGGCACCAACUGUGACCCGCACAAUCGUCUCGCCAGCAAGAAUGCACGCAGACACCAGGAUCCUUCUGCAGCAAACGUUUAUUGCGAUGGAAAGAGGAAGACCCCAAGCCCCAAAAGCAUCCCUGCAGGGCCUUUUCUGGCUGGCAUGGGCGCAGUUAACAAGGCAGAGGAGGCAGGAAGACAGUUUGCCCAACACAAGUUGGGCAGGUGUCUUGCUUCCUCUAAGCCAUUCAUCAUCACAUUUCUGGAGCAAGACGAGUCUUCAGAUGUGACAAGACAAGCAGCUGCCACCAUGCCCCCAGAUAUGCUGGAAAGAGGGAGGGGAAAAUGCUAUACAUGCAAAGAAUGUGGCAAAGCCUUUGAUUGGAAAUCAAAUUAUAGUAAGCACCAGGGCAUUGAGUUAAGAGCGAAGCCCUACAAGUGUGAAGAAUGUGACAAGCCCUUCAGUUUUUCAUCAUUACUUAAUGAACACAAGAGUAUUCAUACAGGAGAAAAGCCCUGCAAGCAUGAAAUAUGUAACAAGGCCUUCCAUGUUCUGUCAUUAUUUUCUGUACACAAGAAAAUUCUUAUAGGAGAAAAGCCCCACAAGUGUGAAGUAUGUGUCAAGUCCUUUCGUGUUCCAUCAUUACUUUCUUCACACAAGAAAAUUCAUACAGGAGAGAAACCCUACAAGUGUGAAAAAUGUGGCAAGACCUUCCACCAUCUAUCAUUACUUUCUAAACACAAAAUUCAUAGAGAAGAAAAUCCCUACAAAUGUAUAGUAUGUGCGAAGGUCUUUAAUUGUUCAUCAUCAUUCUAUAAACACAAGAGAAUUCAUACAGGAGAGAAACCCUACAAGUGUGAAGUAUGUGGUAAGACCUUCCAUAUUCCAUCAUUACUUUCUUCACACAAAAGACUUCAUACAGGAGAGAAACCCUACAAGUGUAAAGUAUGUGAUAAGGCCUUCCAGUAUCAAUCACGACUUUCUAAACAUAAGAAAAUUCAUAUGGAAGAGAAAUCCUACAAGUGUGAAGUAUGUGUCAAGGCCUCUCAUUGUCCAUCAUUACUUUCUGAACACAAGAGAAUUCAUAUAGGUGAAAAACCCUACAAUUGUGAAGGAAGCCUUUUUAACUUUCAAAAUUUUUUCUACUCAUUUGGUAGCCCAUUCUGGAGAGAAACUUCCCGCAGGCGGGUACAAGUGGCGCCCAACGUGAGGCUGAAGCACGGACCCCUGCCGGAUGGAGGUUUGCAUGGAUGGAUCCGGAUCGUUCAGAAAACGCCGCCACGAACCGAGAGUAAGAUUGGCCGCUCUCGACUC